UAGAUGUUGUAUAAUUAUAAAGAAUAGAAAAAUAUAUUUGCUCAUUUUAAUUUAACUUGUUUUAAACUGACUUUAUUAGUAUUUGUAAUUUAUCAACAUACGAAGCUGUUUUAUUGCAUUGUAUAAACCAAGAAGGGAAUCAUGUUUUGUUUAUUUAUAAUAAUUUCUGCGAUAUGUGCGAGUGUCAUAUUUACUGCACCAGUCAAACGAUCGAUUGACCUUAAUAACCCGUGCUUUGUUCUUGCUGAACAAACCCCGUCACCAUCAAAUGGAGUGCCUCUUUCAAAAAGUAUCAAAGAUCUUAUUGCAAGGACAUCGGGAUUGAAGAUUGAAGCUGAAAACAUACAGACAUAUCUGGUAAAUAAUGGUGCAAUAAGCAGUGCAAAAGAACAGAAACUUAAAGACUACAACGGUUGGAUAGACGAUGAUAAGUUUGAUGCCACUGCGGAACAGAAACUAGCCGCCGUAGAACAGAAAAUAUCCGCACUGAAGGCCCAUUUUCAUUUAAUAGCAGAACAUCUGUUAUAUAUAAAUCAAGCCCGUACAAACGGACAGAUAGCUGAAAUAUCAGGCGAAGCCGAAACAAGACAGAAGCUACAGGACUACGAAACAGAACUUGAAAGUGCAAUGUGCAGCUUGAAAAUAGCGAUAUUAUCCAGUGGAAGUGAUGUCACAAGCUCUGUAUCAGAAAGUGAUCUUGACUCUUUAUUCCUGUUGUUAAACUCCCCGCUUGAGAAUGAUACCCAAAGAACCUACAUUGCAGUUCAAGAUGGCGUGCAGCUGAUGGAAUUUUUAAACACAAUAUACAAAGAGAUCGAACUUUCUCUUGACGACACAGAAGCCUAAUAAGGUAUCAAAAUCAAACCCAUUGCAACCGUCAAAAGUGACUCGAUUUUGAAAGACCAAAACAAACAAAAAACACUGAUAUUUCUAUGGUCAAUGUUCAUACUCAUAAGACCAUAAAUCUAGUUUUUUAAUUUAAAUGCAAACUAAUUUUUAGGUAAGUCAUUGUAUGACCCACAAGAUGUUUUAAGAAUUCAUGAAUUCCGGACCUAUCUUUGACAAAAUUAAGAGAUAAAUUUGUAAACAUUUCUCAAUUGAUACUGGACGCAUUUGUUUCAUUCAUUUAGUCACAAAGGUGGUAAUUACAAGAGAAAUUUUAUAUUUUACACAUUAUUCUAUGUUAUUCGUGUUGUUGUUUUGAUGAUGUUGUUUGUUAUUUAUUAUGUUGUUAUUGUUUAAAGUCAGAUUUGUUUUAUAUAUAUUUUAAGAUCUGAAUCAAAACUACUGCCAACCUCUUGCUGUGAUUAUACAUUUAUGUUUGCAUCGUAUUGUUAUGCUUUAAUGUCACGUUUUUUAAUUCAUUGGGACGCCAUUAUUUUUAUUUAUAUCGAUAUUUAUGUCAUAUUUCACGUGAUUUAUUUAUAUAACAUAUAUCAGGCCAUUUGUUUCAAGUGAUGAUUCACUCUAAAUCUAUUAUUUAUUUUUUUUAACAUACAAUUUUGGCAUUUAUUAAACGACCGAGUCGUUGAUUGUUAACUCCAAGCUUUCUAUAUACCAUUUACAUUCACAAUUAUAUGUAAAAAAGCGCACUUCAGGGAUUUAUAUAUUUUUUUAAAUAUUUUGCCGUUAGAUAUAUUGCUAUGUUUGUUGUAUGCAAGGUGUCCAGUUUUUCUCAGGCAUUUUAUAUUGUUUUUGUUAAAUUAUAAUUAUUGUUAUAUUCAUUGUAAAUAGUAUCUGUUGAUAAGUAAUCCAUAAAUAUUUAGUUUUAUAUUACGUUGUGCAUUAUUAAGGUUUAAUUAAGCCUUAUAAAAUUUAAGUCGGAUUUUUAGGUCUUUGCACACUUUAGCUAUCUUUUGAAAUUAAUUUACUUUACCGUAUAUACUAGUAAGAUAAGUUUAUAUUUAACACAUAUUCGACCCAUCGUUUAACUGUUCUUCUGUCAUAAAAUAUGAAACUAGGACUAAGUCUAGUCUUAGUCAUGUUUAAAAUAUUGCGAAAUUUCACCUUGCGAAAAGUUUAAGAAGUAUAUUUCCUUUCAGUUUCAUAAAUUUCGAUUUUUAUUAAUACUUAUUGACAAUAUUGUGAUAUUGUAAUUGAUUUCAUCUUGUUAUGAUGAACAUUUAUUAACUCAUUGUAUUAUUACAUAACAUCAUUUUAAUCUUGUAAAUGACAAUUUGCUAUUUUUUUUAAAACAUUCCUUUUUGUAAUCAUUCUUUAGCAAAUGCAAGGAUCAAUAUUAGCGCAUUAAGGUCAUGAAGUGUGAAAAAUUUGAUUUACUUUCGACUUUUACACCUAAUGAAAUUCAGUAAGGUUAACUAAGAGAAGUUAGUAUAUUUUAUUAGAUUAAAAUGAAUGCUUUACUGGAUAAAAGGGAAAAAACGGCUUCAAAAUUUUUAUUUUUAUCAUUUAUAGUAUAUUCUUAAUUCAAAAAUUUGUCUUUAAAUCAUAAGAAUGUUUUUAUUUUUUUAUUGAUUUACUCAUUCAAUUCUUUAUUUAUAAGUAUAUAGAUUCGUCAACUGUUUAUAGAUUAUUUCAUUAUUUUUAAAUAUUCAUAGAUUCCUCAAUCAUUCAUAGUUUCACAAAACCUACCAUCAUUCAUAUAUAUUAUUUUCCAUUUUUGUCAAACAUCUCGGCAUUACUCAAAGAUUAAAAUUUCAUUUGGUUGUCACCUUUUUCAAUGUUUCUAUGAUUAUUGUCUGUAACAUAUAACAUGUAUAUCACUUUGCAUUUACGAAUGUUAUUAAAUAAAUGGCAUGUCCCCUCAUAUCCACAAAAUGCAAAAUUUAUUUAAAUGUACAUAUCAAAUUUAUAUAUAUAUUAUUAAUAUGUUAUGUUAUGUAUUGACCACGACAUAUGGUUGUUACACCGAUGAAAAAAGACCAUGAAAUUAAAUGUGUAAUAUUUGUUUGUUGAAUAAAUACGU